GCGCAGUCCUCUCCGGUCUCCCAGGGGCGGCAGUGCCCGCCGGCUGGCUGCAGGCUGAGCGGGCCCCGGGCCGGAGCCCGUCCGGGCGGCAGCUCCUAUGGGACCAGGGCUCAGCGAGCAGCCCCCUGCUCCCGCCAAGGCCAGUCCCCGCGCCUGAGCCGGCGCCACGUGUCUGUGCCCGGCCCGCUGCCCCUGCAGGUGGCUGCCCCGCCCAGGGCGAGCGACGGUGGGGCGAGCGCCCGGCUCUGCGGCCCCUCGGCGGACUGCCGGGAGCUCCAGCCGGCUCGCAGCGCUGCCUGGCCGGGGAGAGCCUAACGGGCCUUGGGGGUCAAGGCUCCCCGGCUGCCUAGCGCUGUCCGCGGCCUCCUGCCCCGGCGCUGGGGUCCCGCUCGCCCCCCGCCGGGCUGCCCUGGAGAAGGCGCGGGGCGGACCCUGCCCUCGCCCGGCCGCGCGUCCUGCCCGCCGGGGCCAGUGGAAGGAAGAAUUUGGAGAAACUUCUCCCGGCAGCUCCAGCCCAGCCGGCGCCGCCGCCUCCAGCCCCGCGCCCUGCGCCCGCCUCCGGCCUUCCCUGGCCGGGCAGGGCCCUGGACCCCCGGGGCCAGCGCAGCGGGAGGAGGAAGAGCCGCGUGCUGGACCCGCCGAGUCCCUGCUCGGAGCGGGACGCGUCUCUCUGGGCGCGCCGCCCUGUUCAUGUACUGGAAGAAUGAGCCCGUGGCCCCGCUCCGCCAGGGCAGCCAGCCCCUGGCCGCCGGCGCCCCAGCGAGGAAGGUGAUGGCCCAGGACGGCCCCCUCUCCAAGGGAAGCUCCCGCUGCCUGGACAGCAAGCACCCCCAGAUCAUGUCCCAGUCUGACGGAGAGACGCUGCCCAGCACCCUGGAUAAGGAAGAUGUCCGCUCGGCUCCCAGCACCCCAUCCACCCCGUCCGUCUGCUCCCCGCCUUCCUCCUCCUCCUCCUCCUCCAUCCCCUCCGCCGGCAAGAACGUCUGCUCCAGCUGCGGCCUGGAGAUCCUGGACAGGUACCUCCUCAAGGUGAACAAUCUGAUCUGGCACGUGCGCUGCCUGGAGUGCUCGGUGUGCCGGACCUCCCUGCGCCAGCAGAACAGCUGCUACAUCAAGAACAAGGAGAUCUUCUGCAAAAUGGAUUAUUUCAGUCGAUUUGGUACAAAGUGUGCCCGCUGCGGCAGGCAGAUCUAUGCCAGCGACUGGGUAAGGAGAGCCCGCGGCAAUGCCUACCAUCUUGCCUGCUUUGCCUGCUUCUCCUGUAAAAGGCAGCUGUCUACUGGCGAGGAGUUUGGCCUGGUGGAAGAGAAAGUGCUGUGCCGGAUUCACUAUGACACAAUGAUAGAGAACCUCAAGCGAGCAGCUGAAAAUGGCAAUGGGAUCACACUAGAAGGAGCGGUCCCGUCUGAGCAAGACAGCCAACCCAAACCAGCAAAGAGAGCGCGGACAUCCUUCACCGCGGAGCAGCUGCAGGUCAUGCAGGCCCAGUUUGCUCAGGAUAACAACCCAGAUGCACAGACCCUUCAGAAACUGGCAGAUAUGACAGGACUUAGUAGGAGAGUCAUUCAGGUUUGGUUUCAAAACUGCAGAGCACGCCAUAAAAAGCACACACCUCAGCACACGGUGCCGCCUUCUGGAGCCCCCCAGUCCCGGAUCCCUUCGUCGCUCUCUGAUGACAUCCACUACUCUCCCUUUAGCAGCCCCGAGAGGGCCAGGAUGGUAACCCUGCACGGAUACAUAGAGAGUCAGGUACAGUGUGGGCAAGUGCACUGUAGACUUCCCUACACUGCUCCACCAGUGCACCUCAAAGCAGACAUGGAAGGACCACUAUCUAAUAGGGGUGAGAAGGUCAUCCUAUUUCAAUAUUGACGGCGCGAACGCUUCCUCAUCUGUCCAUAGCGUUCCCACCACCGCUGACCCUCAGCCGCUGAAACACGGUGUUCAGUCGAAGGCAGUUCUGAUCAGUCAUGCAGAAGAAACUCAAUUCAGCAUUCUGUUUGCACCGACAGCAUCUGACAGCCAAUGUUCUUGCCUCCCAGCAGCACUGCCAACAGUCAUGGUUUUUGCUUGUUUCUUGUGGACCUGCAGAAUGACAAUGAGCCUCAAAGGCACUGCCAUGCACAGCCCAAGUUAGUGACCCUACUGCACUUUCACUGUUGCUUCCAGCGUCCUGAAACAGGAAAAGAUCAUUACAUGCUGAGCCCAAGGUGGUAUUGAU